UUGUUACCCACCUUUUUUCAAUAAUAGAGCGGACAUGCGUUUGACGCAAUUCUGUGGUGUCAGAGAGUAUAAACUCUUGUUGGGAAGUGUCUGCUUUUUGUUACACACACCUCAUAGUCAUAGGUGUACUGUGUAAAAAUGGUGGUGGCACUGGGAUUGGGAUUUCCGCUCCAUCAAUGUGGUCCAAGAAAGUUGCUGGGGUUCAGAGUUUCCGGUGGUGCUCGCGGCGGCGGUUGUGGUGCUGAUGAUCUUGGUGGAGGGUUUCCAUCUUUUCUUCCCAAGGAGGUUCACAAUAUCAGAGACCCUUCUGCAAGAUCUUUGGCUCAGAGGAUUCAAAGACUUCCUGUCCAGGUUGGAUUUUCUGAGAGUUGCAUAAUGAGUAGCUGUGUGACACCAAGAGUUUGUCGUGAUGCCAAUCCGGUGGUUCUUCUUCAUUGCUUUGACAGCUCUUGUUUAGAAUGGAGAAGUGCAUAUCCAUUGCUGGAGGAUGCUGGCUUGGAGGCUUGGGCCAUCGAUAUUCUUGGAUGGGGUUUCUCUGAUUUAGAAAGACGUCCACCCUGUAAUGUAGCAUCAAAGAGAAACCACCUUUACCAGCUAUGGAAGUCUCAUAUUGGAAGACCAAUGACCUUGGUUGGACCGAGCCUUGGUGCUGCAGUUGCAAUAGAUUUCACAGUCAAUUUUCCUGAAGCUGUUGAUAAGCUGGUUUUAAUAAAUGCAAACGUUUAUGCAAAAGGAACUGGAGUUCUGUCAAACUUACCCAAGUCGAUGGCAUAUCCAAUGGCCUCGCUGCUGAAGAGCAUCCCAAUGCGGUGGUACGCCAAGCUCCUCAUUUUCAAUGGCAUAUCAUUAUCUAGGAUAGUAGAUUAUACCAACGUGGGGCGCCUUCACUGCCUAUUGCCGUGGUGGGAAGAUGCCACUGUAAAUUUUAUGCUCAGUGGAGGGUAUAACGUCGCUGGCCAAAUCAAACACGUGAGGCAAAAAGCUCUUCUCAUCUGCAGCGAGCGUGACAAUAUAGUCAGCAACAAGCUCGCCGAGAGAUUGCAUAACGAACUGCCAAAUGCGAGCAUGAGAAAAGUCGCGGAUUGUGGCCAUAUGCCUCACAUUGAGAAGCCAUAUGUGAUUGCUAAGCUGAUUGCUGAUUUCGCCCAAGGUGCUGCUGCUGCCCCGGAGGCCAGGCAACAUUCACAGGGCGUCGAUACCAUUUCUUGCAAAAAGCAGUAUAUUGCAUAGAUGCUACUGUCUCUUUCACAAAUUAAGCUUGGAACGUCGCACAUUAUGUUCAUGUUAACGAAUCGCCUAUUCAUGCCACAUUUGCAUUCAUGGAUU